AUGGGUUGUCUAACAAGCAGACCCUGGCGUCGAUCUUCUGUUCACAGACUGGAGGACCCCGUCUUGAUGUCUGAUGAAUCAUCAGGAAAUCACAUGCGCAUGGCAGUGGCCUUGUGUAACUUUCCACCCAACAGGUCUGAUGAACACACUAUAUUUUUAGGAGACAGACUGAACAUUAUGUCAGAAGAUGAUGACAUGUUGAUGGUUUAUUCUACAACAACUGGCACAGAGUUUUUCAUUCCUCACACCUACGUUUCCAAAGUGCAUAAUUGUUUCACCAGAGGAACAAUCAGUUCCUACUCACUUUCCAUGCGACAAGAUAUAGGCCAUGUGCACAAUGUAAAGCAUUACAGAAUCCAUCAGCUCCACAACGGCUGGUUCUACAUCCACCAGAGCCACUACUUCUCCACUCUCACACAGUUGGUGGACUAUUACUCACGGUCCUCUAAUGGUGCAUACUGUCAGCUGACUGAACCUUGCUUACUUCAUGACUCCAACAGAGCUAUAGUGCAUAGACCCUCACCAAUAUCAAUCCAGAGGUCCAAUCUUAACUGGGGAGAUUUGUCCAGGUCAGUGAUUCAAAGGCAGGUAAAGGGAACCGACCAGGAGAGUCUGGUCAGUGAAGGACUAAGAGAGACUAUGAAAGCAUAUUUUUAUGUCACAGAGGAGUCGAAUUGGACUGAGUGACAUCCAACACAGGACAGACUUGUGAAGUUAAGUUAAAGAUGUUUUGGGUAUU